AUGAGAAUGACAACUGUUGCCGUUGCUUCGACCGGAAUUGCCGCUAAUCUUCUGAUUGGCGGCAAAACCGUCCAUAAAACCUUCAGGUUGCCAUUGAAUUUGGCCGACCGUACUGUAGCUGGCUGGCCUCUGGAACACGGUACAUCUCGGUAUUUGCGAAAUGUGGCUUUGGUUGUAUGGGACGAGGCACCGAUGACCCCGCGUUUGGCAGUGGAUGCAAUCGAUAGAUAUUUUAGGAAGCUGAUGGAUAACCGUGGUGGCUGA